AUGUCUGAUUCUCAUGACAUCGACCUCCUUAACGCAGCGCUCACAGCUGUAAUGCCCAACCAUAACUUUAUUUCAGAAAAAGAAUUUCGCAAAAGGCAAACCCGUAAUAAAUUAGACGGCACUUAUCAAAAGAUUGACUUGCAUUCAUUUCAUCAAUCCAAUCUUGUUGGUAAUGCAAUUUCAGACGUAACUGGGCAAACCACCACAACCUCUAUGCAAGUGUUCGUCAAGACGCUUAGUGGUAAAACUAUCACCUUAAAGGUUGGACAAAAUUUCACUGUUGAAAAUGUAAAAUGUUUGAUUCAGAAUCAUAAGGAUGGAGAUAUUCCGGCAGACCAACAACGUUUGAUUUUUGCCGGUAAGCAAUUAGAAGACGGAAGAACACUCAAAGAAUACAAUAUUCAGAAAGAAUCUACAUUACAUCUUGUUAUACGUCUUCGUGGUGGCGAAAUUAUAUGCAAUUACUACUUUGAAUCUUCCUUAUUGGCCCCACAAUAUGAUUACGAUUUUACAAAUAUCGAUGAUAAUGGAAGCCAGUAUAUGCGUGGCGGGGUUCCAUAUAAACGACCAUGUGGAUGGAAGCGCAUUGCCUUAAACGUUACUGGGAAGUACAAUAAUGGAGAUGAUAAAUGGCUUGGCACUGAUGAAGAUUCUUGGCCAGUGUCAUACCAUGGUACUGCGGAGCAUAACGCGAGAUCAAUUUCUGAGGAUGGCUAUUUAUUGAGUAAAGGAACGCGUUUUGCUUAUGGUCGUGGUAUUUAUUCGACGCCUGAUGUGAAUAUAGCUGAAUUUUAUGCAACAGAAUUUAAGUUUAAUGGGAAGAAACAUAAAAUGGUAUUUCAGAAUCGAGUGAACCCAGUAAAUUUAAAAAUGAUUGACGAUUGUGAAUAUUGGGUUUCCAAGGAAGACAAAGAUGUCAGGCCAUAUGGAAUUUGUAUCAAAAGAUUAGAGAACUCAUAA